AGCCGCUGCUCGGGGCCACCGCGGGCACGGGAGGGCACGGCGGGCACCAGGAUGCGCGGGCUGGUGGCGCUGCUGGCGGCGCUGAGCUGCGCGGCCCCGGCGGGGCGGGCGGCGGCUCCAGGGGGCGGCCUCAGCUCCAACGCCAUCAAGGGACCCCCCCCGGGGGGGGCCGAGGCCAGCGCCGCCCCCGCACCCCCCUUCGACGGCAGCAACAAGGCACCGCCGGCCGCCACCCGGCAGCCUUUCCCGUGCGCCGAGGACGAGGACUGCGGCCCCGAGGAGUUCUGCGGGGGGGCGGCCCGCGGCGGGGGGGCCCCGCUGUGCCUCUCCUGCCGGAGGCGCCGCAAGCGCUGCCUGCGCGAUGCCAUGUGCUGCCCCGGCAUGACCUGCAGCAACGGUCUCUGCACCCCGCCGGAGCCUCCCCACGGAGCCGCCGAGCUGGAGGAGCCCGGCACUGAGGCUCUGCCCCGACGGACACCCGCUCCCGCCUGGAUCCCCACGGCCAAAGGCGAGGAGGGCGACCUGUGCCUGCGCUCGUCGGACUGCGCGGCCGGGCUGUGCUGCGCCCGCCACUUCUGGUCCAAGAUGUGCAAGCCGGUGCUGCGGGAGGGGCAGGUGUGUACCCGGCACCGGCGGAAAGGCUCCCACGGGCUGGAGAUCUUCCAGCGCUGCCACUGUGCCGAGGGCCUGGCGUGCCGCCUGCAGCGGGAGCUCGGCCCCGGGGACGCGUCCCGCCUGCACACCUGCCAGCGGCACUGAGACGGACACACGGACAGACACACGGACACCGGCGCGCGGCCCGGCCCCGCCGGGACAGACUCCGGCCCCGCCGGAGGGAAGGUUGUUUCUCAAGGGAACUACUUUAAAGCGACUUUCUUGCAGUACGUUACUGUGUUGUGAAUACUGAGCUGGCACUUACGCUGUACAUAACGCCGGGACUGGUCGGUUUUUCCCCCCCCUCGCGCUCUCCGAGGGACUGGGACUUUGUACACACUGGGUUUUUAAUCCCGGCUCAAAGGGAUGCCACCGUCUGUUUGCGAGCCAAUAAAUUCCUCUUCCAAACCAGCCUGAGCUGCCUCUGCCUCCCUGUCCCGCGUGUGGAGCCCUCCCGUGCCACGGGAGGGGGGGAAAUGCCCGUUUUGGGGGCAUUUUGGAUGGGGGGGUGAGGGGGCCCAUCAGAGCACCCCGUGGGAAAGGCUGAUUGGUGUCACUAUCGAUUCAGCUGCUUUUUAGGCAUUAUUUAGGCCAGUGAUCCCCUCUGGCCACCAGAGCAAGGAUGGGCACUGUGGCCAGGGGUCCAGGGAGGGCAGGUGUCAGCAAAACACCCUCCUGCCCGAUUUUGGAGA